GAAGAGCUGUGCGGCCAGAGCCCCCUGUGCGCCAUUGACCUGGAGGUGAUAGUGGACAAACCGCUGAGGAUAUUUCACGUGGAAGUGGAGAUACAGGAUAUAAAUGACAAUGCUCCUGUGUUCCCAGUAAAUGAAUUAAACCUGUUUAUAUCAGAAUCAAGUCUGCCGGGUUCGCGUUUCCCACUAGAGGGCGCUUCAGACGCAGAUAUUGGUACAAACUCUCUGCUAAUCUAUAAACUCAGCUCUAAUGAAUAUUUUACUUUAGAUGUACAAGUGAGAAAUGACCAUAAUAAAUUAGCAGAGCUUGGGUUAAAGAAAGCUCUGGAUAGAGAGGAAACUUCUGAGCAUAUUUUAUUACUCACGGCCACUGAUGGAGGCAAACCGGAGCUGAUGGGCACAGUUCAGCUGGUGAUCACGGUGCUGGAUGCCAAUGAUAACGCGCCUGUAUUUAAUCAGGCAGUUUAUGAUGUAACUGUGUUAGAAAAUACAGCUAAGGGGACAUUAGUCAUCAAACUUAACGCCACCGAUUUGGAUGAAGGGACUAACAAGAAUAUAUCAUAUUCGUUUGGUAAUUUUGUGCCUCCCAUUGUAAGAGCGGCGUUUAACCUAAAUUCACAUACCGGUGAAAUCAGGGUGAAAGGAGACCUGGAUUACGAGCACGUUGAGUUAUAUGAAAUUCGAAUUGAAGCUCAAGAUAAAGGUCACCAGCCAAUGACGGGACUGUGCAGUGUUUUACUACAUGUUUUAGACGUGAACGACAAUGCCCCUGAGCUGAUCGUGACUUCCCUUUCCCUGCCGGUGCCGGAGGACGCUCCCCCGGGGACAGUGGUGGCUCUUAUUAGCGUCUCUGACCGGGACUCGGGAGACAACGGCAAAGUCACCUGCUCCAUCCCCCCGAACCUGCCCUUUCGGCUCUUCUCCACCUUUAAGAAUUAUCACUCGCUGGUGCUGGCGGAGGCCGUGGAUCGGGAGCGAGUGUCUGAAUAUAAGAUCGUGGUGACAGCCAGAGAUGAAGGGGCCCCGUCUCUCUCGGCCAGCAGCAGCAUUUUGGUGCCGAUCGCGGAUGUGAACGAUAACGCCCCCGCUUUCCCUCAGCCCAUUUACACGGUGUUUGUGAAGGAAAACAACCCACCCGGGGCCCAUCUCUUGACCUUGUCGGCCUCGGACCCGGAUCUGCGGGAAAACGCCUUUGUGAGCUAUUCGGUGGUGGAGCGAAGUGUGGGAGAGCAGCCCCUGUCCAGCUACAUCUCGGUGCACUCGGAGAGCGGGCAGAUCUAUGCCCUGCAGCCCUUGGACUACGAGGAGCUGCAAGUGCUGCAGUUCCAG